GUCUUAUCCAAGUAAACCCUAGAAUUGUUAGACUUCUGAAAAGCUACAUCACACAAUAUGUCUGCAUCUAUCAUAUCGACCGUCGUGGUUGUGUGGAGAUACGCCUGGUUCAUUGCGCUACGUCCAUUGGCUGUUCUCAUGCUGACAGGGGCUGCUGUCUCCCUUUUUCGAUCCGGAAUGUCAGUCUGCAAGGAUGUCCCUUCCAUGGCCUAUGAGAUAUUUAUGUGGUUCACGUCGUAGGGUGUAUUGAAUAAUCUGCAUUGGUACUGGAGCGUGAUUUAGCAUGAUUGUUUGAGUUUUCGGUGGCAUAGCGAGGUGUUGAUUACAUUAUUUCCAUGCGUUCGUUGUAUAUAAUUUUCCAUCUCCCACAUAUUAAUUUUGAAGGUGUGAUGUUGAUGUGACAAUUCUCAGUUGUCGGUUAGGCGCGCCCACAAUGACUUCAACAGCUACCAUG